AUGGCAGGGUCGAACAUGGCAUCGCCGGCUUUCCUCACGGCGCCGCAGCUCCCAGAUGACUGGCGCUCCAAGGCGCGCCCCAUCCAGCCUGGCAGCAGCUAUCCCGCCAAGGAGUUCUGCAGCCACUGCGGGCUGUGCGACACAUACUAUGUGGCUCACGUCAAGAGCGCCUGUGCCUUCCUGGGGGACGGCAUGAGCAAGGUGGAGCGGCUGGAGGAGCAGGUCCACGGCAGGCGCAGGGACCCGGACGAUGAUGACGAGCUGCACUUUGGCGUGGCGCAGGAGGUGCUCUAUGCCAGGCGGGACCCUGGGCUGGAGGGCGCACAAUGGACGGGCGUUGUCACAGGCAUUGCGAUUGAGAUGCUCAACAGCGGCAAGGUGGAUGCUGUGGUUUGUGUCCAGUCGGACCCCGAUGACAGGCUCAAGCCUCGUCCCGUGGUGGCGCGCACGGCCGAGGACAUUCUGGCGUCGCGCGGCGUGAAGCCCUCCUUGUCACCCAACCUGGAGGUGCUGGCUACAGUGGAGGCCCUCGCGCCCGACGUCAAGCGGCUGCUAUUCAUCGGGGUCGGCUGCCAGGUCCAGGCGCUGCGGUCCAUCGAGCCCUACCUGUCCCUGGAGAAGCUGUACGUGAUGGGCACCAACUGCGUGGACAACGGCCCCAGGGAGGGCCUGGACAAGUUCCUCAAGGCAGCCAGCAAGGACCCAGGCAGGCGGGCGGGGCAGGCCUUUGCGAGGGGGAAGCGCGUGGUGGUCGUCCUGCCCCCAACUAUGCUGUAA